CGCGCCAAAUAAGCUGCACUUUGCCACCUCAUCUUUUUACCCGCCAAAUAUAUCGCACACAGGAUCAUUACAAUCCUUCUUCUUUUUCUUCCCCUUCCUUCUCCUUAAAGAUUCACCAUUUUUUUUAUCUAAUUCCCAGCUGAUCAUCAUAAAUUCCAAUCUUCUCGUGAAUUAAGCUAAUUGAAUGGACAAAAAUUCAUCACAAGCCACUCCUGAUAUCAGGGUUAUGAAGAGAAAAAUUGACGAAACAGAAUCCAUAGAAGAUGCAUUCCGUUUGUUACAAUCUCCUUCUGGGUCGAAUGUAACGACACCAACUCCGAUGAAAAGAGCCCGGAAUACAAGAACAUGGCUUCAAACGGUUAUUUCUCCACUUCCUUCAGAUCCAUCAUCAGAAUUGCAGGAUCUGCUAGUGAUUCGCGACACGAGUAUAGUUAACGAGGUGAUAAGAAGAGCCAAUAUCGUACUGUCAGCUUUAUUUCCGACAAGUAGACUAGCUGAACAGCGAGUUCUUACAACUCUGCAAGAUCUCAAUUUGAUGGAAAGUCUCUGGUCAGAGCAGAGACGGAGUGAAGCUAUCAAGUUAUACUACAAAGUUCUGGAAUCAAUUUGUCAAUCAGAAACUGAAAAAUCGAAACCUAGCGAUUUAAGUGGAUUGCUUGGUAAUGAAAGGUUCCAUAGAUGUCUGCUUAGUUGUUCUGCAGAAUUAGUAUCUGCAGCGGAUACCGGAAACGGUAUGCUGCUUUCUAUGUUGUUUGAAAGAACAGGAAUAACAGCUUUUGAUCUAUGUAAAGUGAUUCAGAGUUUGAUAAUCUAUGAGCCAUCGCUUCCUAGAGAAUUGAGACGUCAUCUUAAUUCUCUGGAAGAACAGCUGCUAGAGAUGAGAGUGUGGGAGAAAGGUUCAUCAUUGUAUAGUUCUUUGAUUGUUGCAAAACCAGAUCUUUCCGAGGAGAUACGUCGACUUCAGCUUCUAGGCGAACCAAUUCCAUCGCUUGAAGCUAUUUCUUGGCGUAAUCCUGUAUAUUCAGGAGGCUUGGUUUACUCCACUGUAUUGCAGAAGCAAAGUGUUUCUCCAGCUCAGGAUAGAGUAUCUAUGUCUUCAAGCAGCGCUUGUGCUGAACAGGAUGAUAUGGAGAUUGACCAGAAUUCCAGUAAUUAUCCGCCAACACCAACAUCAGUGUCGUCUUUAAAAAAGGCAUUUACAAGCCCAGCACAAUCAAAGGCGCCUGCUGAGUGUGCAUGCUCAAACACAUCGAUCACUGUUCUUUUCCGAAAGAUGGAAAAGUUAGCUGCUAUCAGAAUACAAAAUAUAGCUGAAAGGCUAAACCUAUCUCAACAGUUGAGGAACAAAGUAUAUAUUCUUUUCCAACGAAUCCUCAAUCGAAGAACCGAACUUUUCUUUAAUCGACAGACUUAUCAAAUACUUAUCUGCUGCUUUUAUGUUCUUGCAAAGAUGUCCGGAAUAAAUCUGAGUUUGAAACAAAUUCUUGACACCUAUAUGAAGCAAUUGCAAUUUAGAUAUCAAGUUUUAUGUUCUGUAUCAGGCAACCAAGAGAAAAACAGGGGCCAAUUUCCUGAGCUUGUUACAUUGUACAACAAAAUUUUUCUUCCAAGUGCCAAAUCUUUCUUGGAUGAGAUUCAUAAUGCAGAACCACAAACUGAAGAUUCUGACAUCAAGAAUACUGGUAUGCUUUCUGAUGAUCGAACUCCAACUUCAAAUGAAAUGUCUUCAUUUCGAAACCUUCCUGACAUGUCUCCAAGAAAAAUAUCUCCAACACAUAAUGUCUAUGUCUCGCCAGUUCGAUUGUCGAAGGAUGACUUUAGUUCAAAUAUGAGUAGAAGCUAUUAUGCAAUUGUUGGAAAGAGUAUUUACCCUUACGAAACUCCUUCAACACAACUUGUAACCAUCAAUCAGCGGUUAAAAAGGAAUAAGAAGGUUAGGUGCAGACUCAACUUUGAUAAUGCAGAUGUGGCUAUGAUUAGUGACGAUGUUGUGGUCAAGAGUCUAUUUACCCAAUAAUUGAAGUUUCUUUUUUUGGUUAACUCUAAAUCUGACCAGAAAAAAGGAAGAAUAAAAGCCGCUCUUCUGUUGCCUUGUGUACAUUUGCUGUUAGCAGAUGUCUAAUCUUCAAAUAAGCUUGAUUUAGAUUCUAACAAAUGUAAUUUCUUCAGCAAU